CAAAACUCGAAAAAACGUGAACUCGUGGUUGAUUGGAUUUGUUUACAAAAAAAUAAGUGAAAAUAUAUAAAAUAAGUGUGAAAUAAAUAUUCAAUAAAUAGUGCGACAAUUCCAAAACGAUAAAAUGAGUCAAGUAUUACAAAAACUGCGGAAUGUGGAUUCCAACGACAGUGAUGCUGUGAAAGAAGCAAUUACUUUGUUUAUGCAGAAUUUACUUAAACAUGUAAACGACAAUAACAAUGUGUGGCUGCGUGCUUUAGAAGACGUGCUUACCCGGUAUCCAAGAUACUGUUCUCAACAUCGGCCCACGAUAGAAAAGUUUAUAGUUCAUUUCCUGGAAUCUAGUAACUAUUACAAUGUCAUUGUUGCCGCCAAAUGUGCUCAUGCCUUACAACAGAUUCGCCCCUCACAAGACAAGCUGGCUAGUCCUAAGAACUGCUGGAGGGAACAGAUGUCCAUAUUAUGCAACACAGCUCACACGCUAAUAGAAGCCAUAUUUUCUAACACCAUAAAUAUUUACAAAAACAAUCGCAGUGUCAAGAAAAAGGAUGCAGAACUCUUGGGCAACAGUCCAUUGACAAUAGCACUAUCAAACAUCUUGAGUGUAAAGAAAACACAUGGAUCUAGCAGUGAAGAGAAAAAGAUGGUGCUGUGUAAUAAGCUCAGAAAUGUAUUUGUCUUCAUUCAGGCUAUGUUGGUGGAAGUAUACCCAGUAGCCAAACCGGUGCAACCUCAAGUGAUAUUAGAAGUGAUAGUGCAGGCACUCAGUGUCUCCAGCAGUGUCAGUACUGAUGCCGUGGAAGCUGGCACUGUCAAGACACAGGCACUUAGGACUUUGGAUGCUCUCAUACUAUGUUUGGGGCCAAACCUCAUUCCUUUCUCUGGAUUAGUGUUCAGAUUUAUAAUGCAGACACUUAAAUGGAGUUCAGAGAAUCCCAGUGAUCAGUCAAGAAAAGUCCGCAUAACAGCAUACAACAGCCUGAGCAAAUGGUUGAGUAUUCUACACGCGCACCGCGUCUCCGGCGAAGGGAGGGCGCGGUCCUGGGAGGACGACCUCACCAAACAUAUCAUUCAAGAUAUCACACCACCUAAGAAGAUUGUACAGCUUACUAUGAGCAAUCAAUAUACUAAAAACUUGAGUAAAAAAGCUAAAAGGAAGCUAGCGAACACAAUGCUUCAACAAAGUACAAUCGCCAGUCAUAUGCCCGGCGAGAAGAAUAAAAUAGAUGUCUCUGAGAAGUCAAGUGACGAGGUCGCUAACGCGGCGCUAGAUUGUGCCGAAACAUUCCUCACAGUCAGUGGAAUAUUUUUGAAACCAACCACACACAAGAUGUUCCAAGAACGUCUGGUACGUGAAUGUUACAACUUAGAUUCGUACAGCGUAGAGCGCUCUUUGAGUUUGCUCCGUGCGUUGGAAGGCGCGCGCAAGAACACACCGACCAAUGUACCACCGCCCACUCAGUACUGUCUGCAGCUAUACAGUGUUCUCGUUAACAGUCGAUGUGAUCAGAUAAGGAAGUUCAGUUCACAAGCGCUGUUGGACAUUCGGCUACACCUGCACUGCUCGCCACCCUCCAUCAACUUCGCUAUAGAUGCACCAACAGAAUCUAAGGCCCCGAAAAAUAAAAAGGAAAUAUCGAAUAAGAACAGAGAAGCACUUGAGGCGUUAUUAGGAAAAGAAAGAAUGCCACCUACACGGUCUGCAGAAGAUUCAACAGAAGCGCCAGCUACCAAAAAGCCACGCUUAGAUGAUGAUAGAAUUAGUAUCAGUAGUGAAUCCAACGCUUCCCUCGUAAUCUCAGACGGCACAGAUGAUGAAAUCGAAGAAAUAAAUGAAAAACAAACAGGUGGUGAUGUGACUAUUGAAGAAGAAAUAGAAAUUGUCACAGAACAAGGUGAUACUCAAGAUCAAACUAGUGAACACAGUAAACAAACAUCCAAUACCCCAUGUAUGACUGUCGAUGACUCCCCAGAACCAACUAAUGGUCAUAUUGUCGUGCCAAAUGAAACUUCCAUUUUCGAUGCUAAAACGCAAGUUCCAAUGAACACUUCACACGAUACUAUAGAUGGUGAUAAAAGCCCAACCUCCUUAGAGAUAGUUUAUGAUGCUCCCAACACAAGCAGUAAAGUAGCCAUGAUAGAAAAGAUGGAUGACGACAAUCUUCCCAGUACUAAUGAAACAGAUGACGUUCAGAUAACCUGUGGACAAGCCAUUGUGGGCUCGCAAGGAUCGGAAUCCGCGAUGAACAACGUGGAAGUUGAAGUAGAAGUAUCUACAACGAGCCAGAACGGCACUAAUGAAGUUGUAGAAUCGGAAGAGACUGUAGAUACUACGCAAAAUGAUAAUGAAACAGCCAAUAAGAAUAUUGAAGUUACAAUAACUAGUAAAGAAGUUACAAUAGAAGACAUGUUAGCUGAUUUCGUUGACGAAGUCAAUGAUGAGCCAAGUGUAGUAGUUUAAGCGCAAUUUUUUGAUUAUUGUUAUUAUAAGAGUACAUAUGUAUCGCUUCCAUGAUUAUAUAUUAAAAGAGUAAUUAAUUCCCA